GGUGAGAAACAGAAAAAUCUGACCGAUGUUACGGGAUUUCAAUUGUACAUCCCCACACUGGAGUAUCACAACUGUGUCUGGACAUGGUUGGAUUUUGCAAUGGAAGUUAAAACACGCAUCCGGAAACAACUAAUCCGUGAGGUAAUCAAAAAGAAAUUCACCCCCCGUCGGCGUCUGCCACUCAUUCACUUUGGUCGAUCCCAUUCGGAUCGGGCCAUGACGAUGGUCGGGCGCGACCGCACUGGUGCAUCCGAUGCCCUACCCAUACGCACAGUUUACUCCGAAACUGUGGCUACGACAGCAACAGGCGGUGGACUAUCUUCGACCGACAGGACUUCUAUCUCGGGGUCAUCGGUGAACCAGGAACUACGAGUUCAACGCGAGGUCGAGAUGCUACUUGGUCGUCAUGCGCAGCCCGUACGUUUGGUUUUGUUCACUGAUCGAUUUCAUUAA